GUUGUGGUAGUGAAAAUGUUUCCCAAUUGAAUUUUGCAAAAAUUUAGCAAAUUAACUGACUGUUUUUGUUAUUUUUUUAUUUCUAUUACGCGUUUCAAAUGGGUGGAAAAUCGAAUCAAAGUCAAAGAACAAAGAACAAUGCCCGUCCCUCAAGCAGUGGCCGUAGUGCAGAGCUUCUACAAAAUGCCACCAAUGUAGAUCAAUAUUUCACUGCAGGCAGUGGGAAGACGCAGCCAGUUCUAUUCCCUUCUUUAGCAUCUGCCAAUAUGGAUCAAGAUCUCACUCCUGAGUUUUCCGUGUGCUUUAAGAAGUUUACCAAGAAAGACCCGGUUACUAAGAUUAAGGCCUUGCAGGAAUUUAAAGAGCUAGUGAAGACAGGCAGUGUGGAUGAUGUUGAGGCUGCACUGCCCAGUUGGGCGAACCACUACCAGGCCCUCACGUUUGACUGUGACCACAGAGUGCGGGAGGCUGCUCAGCUGUGCCACGGCGCGGUGGCGAGCGCGUGCGGGCGGCGCGUGGCGCGCGUGCUGCGGCGCGUGCUGCCCGUGUGGCUGCUGGCGCUGCACGACGAGCACGCGCCCGCCGCCGCCGCCGCGCAGCUGCACCUGCAGAGCACUUUUCCUGGAGACAAGCUUACUGAAGCGCUGUUGUUCUGCAAAGCCGAAAUCGUCUCUGUUCUCAGCGAAAACCUCACCGGAAAUGCUGAUGCAAUGAUUGCUAAAAGGCCGGACGACGAGGAGGAGCGGCGGCGCCAGACGGCGCUCGUGCUGGCCGGCAGCCUGCACGCCGCCGCGCUGCUGCUGGCGCGGCUGCGCGCGCACGCCGCCUGGCUGUGGGAGGCCUUCGUCGCGCCGCUGCUGCGCCACCCGCACUACUGGCGCCUGGCCGCCAGCCCGCAGCAACACCUGCGACCUCGGACACUGAUCCGCGCUGAGGCGGCACACGAGAUGCGCAGUGUGCCGUCUCGGCGAGCGGCGUGUGACCGUGCGGUGCGCAGCGGCGCGUGGUACGCGGCCACGGGCGGCGCGCUGCAGUGCGUGGGCGCGCGCCUGGCGCCGCAGCUGGGGCGGCGCGCGGCGCGGGCGCUGCUGGCCGAGCCGGAGCGCAGCGCGGCCGCGGCCGAGCCCCGCUGGCGCGCGCUGCUGCAGCUGGCCACGCACGUGCAGGAUUGGCACAAGUGGCUGGAGAACAAGGACCUUCUCAUUACGCGCCUUCUGGAUUUGUUAGAGAAUGGCGCGUGGGGCAGCGCGCGCGUGGCGGCGGCGCUGCUGCUGCCGCUGCUGGCGCGCCUGCCGCGGGAGCUGCUCGGCCGGGAGUUCUACGACAAGCUGUUCCGCGCCAUGUUCGUGGGGUUAAACAACAGAAAUCUUAUAAGAUCUAAAAGCGAGAGGCAAAUGUGGAUAUCCAAUAUUGUCGAAUGCUUGCGUUACUUAACGACUCAAAACGAAGAUUACGUCGUCGAAGUGAUCACUUACGUCCAUCGGACUUGGGUUGAAAGAAUUCUCGAAAUCACAAAACAACCCUAUACAUCGAAAAACUUGAUCAGCCAUUCUACCAAACUUAUGGCAUCUUUGGUUAAAUAUUGGCUCAACCAGUCCAAAGUUGAAAACUGUGACAAAUACGACCAAUUAAUAAGAAACUUCUGGCAAAACAUUGGCUCAACUAUUCUCACACAGAUUGAAAUCCUUACAAUUGAAGAAAAUGAUAUCAAGCAAUCUAUUGAAUCGCAUACAUUAUUAUUGAAAACUCUACAGGCAUCAUUAUUGAAAAAGACUGAAAAGAAAUUGCGCAUUAAAUUUGAGGAUGAAAUGGAAGAUACGGCUGAGGAAAUAUCUGCAGAUGAAGUGGAUGUGCUCAAUGACGACCAACUAAAGGAACGCUACACACACAAUUUGAACGAAAUCGUCCAGAGAACGUUUUGCAGUUACGUAGACUUUGCAACCAAUAAGCAAGUUGCGCAAGCUGUAUUUCCAGUUCUAACGCCUCUGUUAAUAGAGUUCGAUAGCAGGAACUUGUUUGUGGCUGUGACGCAACAUUUGGACGCAGACACGGUGUAUGGCUUCUACGACCGAGUGCUGAGGCCGUGGCUCGCGGGGGACACCAUGAGAUGCAAGGCGCUCGUCGAGGUGGUGUUCCUAUUGAUCAAGUAUUUGACAGAAGAGGAGCAGGAGUCCUUGUUCAACUCUUUCCAACAAUUUCCGCCGUCGGUGGCGAGCUGGUGCCUGGCGCAGGCCGUGUCGCGGCGCGGCGGGCCGGCGGCGCGCUGGCUGCGCGGGCCGCUGGUGCAGGCGCGCGUGCUGGCUCUGGCCGAGCGAGACGACGACGAGAACGCGAUUACUCUGCUACUCGCGUGUCUCGAAAAUGACGAAACCGGCAUCGCAGAGCCUUCGGUGGGCGCGGACACGGCGGCGCGGCUGGCGGCGCGGCUGCGCGCGCGCCUGCGCUCGGACGCGGCGGCCGCGGCGCUGGCGGCGCGCCUGCUGCCCGCGCUGCUGGCCGGCGCCGCGCGCGCGCCCGCCGCCGCGCUGCUGCGCGACCUGCUGCGCGCGCAGCUGAGCCGCGCCGCGCCGGACGCCGCGCCCGACGCCGCGCUGGACGAGUGGCGCGCCGCGCUGCCCGCCGCGCGCCGCGCCGAGCUGGCGGAGGGCAGCCUGCCGGACCUGUGCCACCACGUGUUCGCGCACAUGGAAGACUUUGAUAUAAAACGCAUAGAAAGGGCCGCAUCGUUCUGCCCGAAUCUCUUUGGUGCAACUGAAGGAAAUGAACAAAAUAUUGCCGAAAUAGUUUCAAUAAGUAAAAAACUUUUUGUGCUUGUAGAAACCCAUCAGCCACAGAACCCUUUAGAGUUGUACGCAUUAAGAUGCGAUUGCAUAUACGGAAACAUUACCCUGGCUUUCGAAAAAACCAAUGAGCUUUUUCAAAAAAUUAGCACGACGUCUGCGACAACUCACGAAGAAUUAUCAAAAGAGGACUUUAUCGUCUGUGCGUGCAAAAGUCUAUUUCGUUUGUUUUUCUUGCGUAAAGUAACGCAAAACAAAUCAGAUGAAAAUGGCGAGAAUAUCAAUUAUUGGUGCAACUUUCUUCUGAGCGAUUCGUACUUCAAAGAAGAAUUUAGUCAAAUUUUGUACGACUACGCCGUAACUAAAACCCUUUUCGACUAUUACGCUUUUUGGCCUCAUUAUGAGAUACUUAUAGAAACGAAACAAAAAAUGGAAUCUAUACUCGGAGAUAUUAUAAAUGACAUAACCAUUGAAACCAAAGAUGGCAUUUAUUCGUUCCUGACGGCAUCAUUUCGUAAAAAGGGCUUCUAUUGGCAAUUUGCGCGAAAAUUGUUUGAUAUGAAAUUCAUUGAAAUAUCAAAAGCCCGCGAUAUAAAAAAAUCUAAAAAAAGUUUCAAUGAAUUUAUUCCAAAUACAAAAAUAAAUGCGCAAGUUAAUAAAGCAGAAUGUUAUGUAGAUGAUGGUGCAAAUGUACUUGGUGACGCAGAAAAUGUUUCCAAUAUAAUAUUAGAGAAACCUGGUCGUCCAUCAACAGCUGAUGACAACAUUUCUUUAGCUCAAACAGAACAAAGUGAUGCCAAAGUCAAUCCAGAGCAGAGUCCCAAAACCAAGUCUACAGAGAUUAAUACAGUUCAUAAAAAUAAUACUAAAGAUGAAGAUCAGCUAAGUUACGUCGCAGAAAAGAUUAAUUCUGUAAUAAAACCAGGGCCGAAGCAGUCCAAACCUGCUUCAGAACCGAAAGUCUUCGAAUCUAAACCUGAACAGACGAAUUUCGAAUCCACAUUAGAACAGAGUAAAACUAAAUCACAUCAGAGUAAAUGUGAUGGACUGGGUUCAAUAUCUUCAUCAGACCACGAUGAAGUUCAAUCUUCCAUUGGAAAAUCGGAACAUCAAGAUCAAUUGCAAUGGGAAACAUUAUUGGGUUUUUCGUGUAUACAGGAAGUCAUCAGUAAUAAUGGAUACUAUUUUAAUUUGCAGGCGGAGGCGCGGUGCAGCCCGCAGCCGCAGCGCGACUACCGCACGCGCUUCAUGGUGCUGAUGCGCGUGCUCAUGAGCGCGCACGCGCACCAGCGCGCCGUGUUCACGCGCCUGCUGCUGGCCGUGGGCAGCGCGCGCGCGCUCGGGCCCGACGUCGUCAUCAGCGGCUACCACGACUACGAGCGCGGCCAGUCCAUGAUGCUGUUCGACAGAUCGCUGGAGAACGUGCCGUGGAUCCAGAUCAUGGGCAACGCGGCCGUAGCCGAUUUCCUCGGCGACACGGUGUACCUGCACGGGCGGAACAUGAGCUCCGAGCACUGGGACUUCGUCAACAUCGCCCUGAGUUCGCUGCUCCACUCCAUAGCGCUCACGUCGGACCAGUGGGCGACGACUAACGGCGCGGCGCUGCUGCGCGCGGGCACGCGGCUGUUCGCGCGCGUGCACGCCAGCAUGCUGGAGCUGCGCUGCUUCGAGCUGCGGCCGUCGGGCGCCGCGCGCGCCGCGCUGCGCGAGUGGGCCGACGUCUUCGCGCCCGACGCCAACCAGCACCUGUUCGCGCUGCUGCUGGUCGCGCUGCGUGAGUGCCUCCGCGAGUCGGCUGAUUGCCAACAUUCAAACACCGAAUGUCUGACUCCUUUGUUUUUUUCGAUUCCUGCUGGGCAAAUUGUCUCACACGGACUGCCAAUUUCUUACCGCUCGAUGCGUGGAAUGUGUAUGAAUUUCAAAAAAGGAGCGCGCUUGCACAGCUCGGGCGACGCGCCCGUGACGGCCAGCGGCGCGGCCGCCGUGGACUGCCUGCUGCGCGCCGCGCGCGCCAUGGACUGGCAGCAGCUGGGCGCGGGCGCGGCGGCGGCCGGCCUGGCGCCCGAGGGCCUCGUGGCCGCCGCCGCCGCCGCGCUGUCGGGCGCGCGCCACCACGCGCUGUCCUACCUGGCCUUCAGCGCGCUGCGGCUGCUGGCCGGCCCGCUGCUGGCGGAGGACGUGCGCCGUAGUAGUUGUCUGGCAACGCGGACGCGCGCUCACGAAGGCUUGCCCACAGCGCGGCGCCUGGACGAGUGGGCCGCGGAGGAGCAGGAGGGCAAGCCGCGCCCCGCCAUGUGCUUCGAGCUCAUCGCCGACGCCUUGGAGCUCAUGCAGGACUACACGCAGGCCGCGCUGGCCAGCGUCAAGUUGUGCGAGGAGACGUGCGAGAUGGUGCCGUUCUCGGACAGCCACCGCGUGGCGCUGGGCUACCUGCUGCUGGCGGAGGCCUACGUGGAGCUGUGCGACCGCGCGCGCGGGGACCUGCAGCAGCUGCUGAUGGCGGAGUUCAGGGAGCGCCGCUUCGCCGACGGGCUGAUGGCCUGCACGCUGCGCCUGCUGCCCGAGCCCGUGGCGGCCUUCGCGUACGAGCGCGGCCCGGCGCUGGACGCGCGCGCGCUGGCCGCCUUCCGCGACCUGCCCGACCUACUCGUGCACGAGCACUGCUCGAGCGGCACGCUGGGCGCCAUCGCGUGCCACGUGCUGAGGGGCACGCUGGGCGGCGCGGGCGCGGCGGGCGCGCGCGGCUGGGGCGGCGGCGCGCCGGCGCGCGUGGCGGCGGGCCUGCGCCGCCUCGUGCCCGCCGCCGUCACGCCGCUGCUGCUGCGCGACCAGCUGGCCGAGCUGCGCGACCGCGCCGCCGAGCUGCACGGCGCGCGGGUAUCAAUAUUCUGGAACCGCGGCGAGGUGAAGUGCUGGGUUGACCUGGAGGACACCGAGUUGGAACUGACGAUCCGCUUCGCGCCCGACCACCCGCUGGCCGCGCCCACCGUCAGCACGCCGCCGCGCGCGCCCGCGCCCGCCACCAGCUGGAUCGUGCUGUACCUCACGUACCAGAACGGGCGGCUGUUCGACGCGCUGAAGCUGUGGAUCCAGGCGGUGAACGCGCGCAUCCAGGGCGCGCCGCAGUGCUACGUGUGCUACUGCCGCCUGCACCCCGCCUCGGGCCGCCUGCCCAGCGUGCUGUGCCACCAGUGCAAGAACAAGUUCCACAACGUGUGCCUGCGAAAAUGGUUCCAGCAUAGCCAGAAGUCGAACUGCCCGCUGUGCCGUACCAAGUUCUAAUGCUGCUCAGCUCAACCACAACCACUAUUCUGUACCCAGCGCACCACCGGCCCACGACAUACGAGCUCGGAGUGCCAAGUGCCCCGUGCAACUCCGAUUUAUACAAUAUCGAAAGAGCUCCAUCUAGUGACAGCUCGGAUUCUCAGUAUUAUAACUAGAUGGCGCUCCUUCGAUUUCACAUCAAUCGUAGUUAACUUUCACGCGAUCGAAUAAGUAAACGAUAGUAGAAAAUCUCACACUUGACACUCUGUUCGACUAGCUAUCAUAUUUUCUCACAACACGCUAGAAGAAACUGAUUUUAAGAAAAAAACUAAAUUUUUCUUCUGCUAUUAUAAAGCAGCAAAGUUUGACCUCAUUAUAUCAAGAAUUUUUAAAAAGCUACUUUGGAUGUACAGGGCCGGGUCACAGGAUGUAACACUGAGAACUUUAACGAGGGAGGGGUUUUUCACAGUACUUAUUUAAGUGUCUUUAUUCUAUACUUAUAACCAAGUAGGAUUUUUAAAUCUAAGUGUCUAUACAGUUACCCAAGUAGCAAUUUGAUGAAAUCUAAGUGUCUAUACAGUUCAUUAAGUAGCAUUUUGACGAAAUCUAAAUGUCUAUACUGUUAACCAAAUAGCAUUUCGAUGAAAUCUAAGUGUCUUUACUGUUAACCAAGUAGCAUUUUGAUUAAAUCUAACUGUCUAUACAGCAUUAUUUAAGUAGCAUUUUGACGAAAUCUAAAUGUCUAUACUGUUAACCAAAUAGCAAGUUGACGAAAUCUAAAUGUCUAUACUGUUAACCAAAUAGCAUUUUGACGAAAUCUAAAUGUCUAUACUGUUAACCAAGUAGCAAUUUGAUGAAAUCUAAGUGUCUAUACAGUUCAUUAAGUAGCAUUUUGACGAAAUCUAAAUGUCUAUACUGUUAACCAAGUAGCAUUUUGAUGAAAUCUAAAUGUCUUUACUGUUAACCAAGUAGCAUUUUGAUGAAAUCUAACUGUCUAUACAGCAUUAUUUAAGUAGCAUUUUAUUAAAGUCUUAAGUGUUACAGUUAACUAAGUAGCAUUUUGAUGAAAUCUAAGUGUCUAUACUGUUAACCAAGUAGCAUUUUGAUGAAAUCUAAGUGUCUAUAGAGUUAACCAAGUAGCAUUUUGAUGAAUACUUUAAGUGUCUAUACAUUUUGAUGAAAUCUUAAUGGCUGUAAAAUUAAUUAGUUAGGUUUUACUAGUAGAAUAUAAGUUAUAGAAAAAUCGAAAAAAACAUAUGCUUUUUUUCGGUAAAUUCAGAGAAUUACUUUAAUUGGCUGACUGAAUUGAACUCUGUCACUGUAAAUCUUCGCAAGUCCACUAAAUUUUUAUGGGGCAAACUAUUAUUUCAACCUCCUUGCCGCAGUGUUGAGUGUUGUGGUGUUUUAGUGAGGGGCCAAGUGUACGCCACCCUUGCCCGUUUUAGAAAUUAUGAAUUCGCAAGUUCAUCAUUUCUGAAUUUUCUUUGGUGGGAGGCUUCGACUGGCCUCCUCCACUGUGUGGCUAGCUGUGGCGUAGAAACAAUAUAUCAUCCCUUACCAUCUGGUAAUAUUAGUCAAGGGCUAACUUGCAUUAGGAGAAAAAAAAUACUCCACGAAAUAGUGAAGAGUGCCAAAUAAAAAAACACUGACCCUGUGUUUUUUUUUAACUUUUUCUAUAAUUUCGGCUCUUUGUACACUAUGAAAAUAAUAACGACCUACCAAAAUUGCGGGAUUAAAAUUAGCCCCACCUAUAUCCUAUUUUUUCGUGUAUCUACUAUCACAUUAGUGAGUUUAUAAUAUGUAAACCACAAACAACCUAUUCUAGACAUUCUAUUUCUAGACAACCUAUUUUGCAUAUAUUAUAACUGUAACAUAGGUAUCUACGGUAAUAAAAAUACCUGAGCUUAUUGUUGGGAAAGUAUUGUUAUUAAUUUUAUUCUCUGAGUAAGCAUAUUAUUUCAGUUUAUUUAUUUAUUUUUAUGCUUUCUUCGUUUAUUGUCAAUGUGUUUGUCCGUCCAUGUAUCAGGACCUCAGCUUUAGGUAUCCCAAAAACUGAAAAAAGUAAAAAAAAGACUGAUUUCAUAUAAAAAAAUAUCAAAAUCGUAACGAAUUUCUAAGUUUUAAAAUCAAAAAACGUAAAGUUAUUAUAGCUGGUCGAGUUUAAUUUUAAUAUUACAGAGAAACGAAAUUUUUUAUAAUAAGAAUAUAAUUCUUCUUAUUGUUAUUCCUAUCCCAAAAAUCUACCGUACAAAUAAUAAUAAGUUUUUAAAUCAAGGAUAGAAUCAAACAUUACUUGAAAUACCAUGAUAUAGGACGAAUAUUACUCAAUUUGCUAGUGUUCUUUGAAUUAUACGUUUCAUUCCAAAGUAAGGGAAUCCUAAGUGCGCAAGUUUAACUCUGACGUGGCCGAUUUAUAUUAGUUUUCAUAUAUGUAAAUGCAGAACCGGUUGACAUAAACCCGCCUGUGCUUAGUCACGUGGUAACAAACCGGUCCACCGAUGCUGCAAUUGCGAUAGACCUUUUAAUCAAUAAUUUUGUCACUUUCGAUAUUAUUUGAAUUUUAAUCUUGGUUAGUGUAUAUUUUGUUGGUUGUUUUUGCCUGUUGUUUGGGCACCCCCCAAAAAACAUUGUUAUUCUUGUGGUUCUUUAAUAAAUUAUUUUUAAGGGGUAUUCUAUUCGAUCAAUAAUAUACUAGAUACGUAAUCUGUAAUAGUUUCCUAAUACUGUAAAAGCAGUAAAGGAUCCGUAUUUUUUUAACUGAUGGUUUUCUGAGUGUUUUACAUUUCAUCACUCGCAUCCAUCACUUUUAUUACUUUAUUGGAUGUAAUCAUAUUGGCUUGUACACCAGCAAACUAACAUCAAAAGGUACCCAAUUUAUGAGUGAAAAUCACAAUUAAAGUAAAGUGUUUAUCACAAACACUUUUAGACUGAUACAUCUAGUAUAUUAUUGAUCUAAGGUGUAACUAGAGUAAGGAAACUAUGACUGAGAUCUGAAAAGCGUAAUACCUACAUACAUUUUUAAUGCCAGUAGGCGAUGAUUAGCGGCGAAUACAAGCAAACUAGCAUAAGCAUUGUGAGAUUUUUUGACCCUCAUAAACGAUUUUAUCAUUUUAUUUUUUCGUUAUCUGACUAUGUGCACCAAGGUGCAUGUGCAUUCCUGUGCACAAUCCAGAGGUGUCCUAAAUCUAACUCAACCUGAGAAACCUUACCUUAAUUAAGUUCUUUGUAACCAAUCCGGCAAUAUACAAUCCAACCCAUGCUACUGCCUCUAGAAAAUUUAUACUCAAUAUCUCCCAAGACAUAGUAUAACCUCGAGCACAUCCCAAGUACGCUUUACAGAUCUUAGCAUACAUUUGUAUGUUUGUAAUUCAAAUAAAACUCACUUUCAUAUUGUAUUCCCUGUACUGUAAUCAUAUAAAUACUGUACUGUAGUGAUAAACAUGUUUCCUAAUACUACAUCUACGACUACUGUAACAAUUAAAUAUUUUGACUCAUGA